AUGCCAAAGGGCGACUUGACGACGGCUGCGUUGCGCGCGUACGACGGGAGCGACCCCGCGAAGCCAAUACUGCUCGCCGCGAAAGGCAUCGUGUUCGACGUCACGCGUGGGAGGGACUUUUACGGAAAAGGUGGACCGUACAACGCGUUCACUGGGAUCGACUGCUCGCGAGCGCUGGGCAAGGUGAGCCUGGAGAAGGAAAAUUUAUGCGCCGACGUGGGGGAUUUCGCGGCGAGCGAGCGAGAUGCGCUGAAUCAGUGGGUGGGGAAAUUUGAGGAUAAGUAUCCAGUCGUCGGAAAGCUGACGGAUGGGAAGUACAACGGGAAGUUUUAG